AUGGCCGCAGGUUCUAUUGAACAUGAAGGACCCGAUAUGGGUGUUGGGGAUUUUGUCCUACUGUCUGAUAUUACUAUGAAUGCAUUCAUUAAAAAUCUUAAACUACGAUUUGAAAAAGGACGUAUCUACACAUAUAUUGGCGAAGUACUUGUUAGUGUAAAUCCUUAUCGUGAUUUACCUAUAUAUGGACCAGAAUAUGUUAAAAGUUAUAAAGGACGUGAAAUGUUUGAACGACCUGCACAUAUAUUUGCACUUGCUGAAGCAGCUUAUCGAACAUUAAAACAACGUUCAUUAAAUAGUUGUAUUGUCAUAUCAGGUGAAUCGGGAUCAGGCAAAACAGAAGCAUCAAAAAUAAUUCUUCGUUAUAUAGCAGCAGUAACAAAUAUAUCAAAUCAAGCUGAAAUACAACGAAUUAGUAAUAUUCUUAUUCAAACAAAUGUUGUACUUGAAGCAUUUGGUAAUAGUCGAACGAAUCGUAAUGAUAAUAGUAGUCGAUUUGGUAAAUAUAUGGAUUUACAUUUUGAUUAUAAAUUUGAUCCAAUUGGUGGAAAAAUUCAACAUUAUUUACUUGAAAAAUCUCGUGUUGUUAAACAACAAUUAGGUGAAAGAAGUUUUCAUUCAUUUUAUCAAUUAUUAUAUGGAGAAAAUAAUUUACAAGAAUAUGGUCUUAAUCUUAAACCUGAAGAUUAUUAUUAUAUAAAUCAAGGAAAUUGUUGUAAAGUACCAAAAAUUGAUGAUAGAAAUGAUUAUCAACAAGUUAAGCAAGCUUUUAAAAUUGUUGGUUUUACACAAGAUGAAGUAUCAAUUAUAUGGAAAAUAGUUGCUGCUAUUCUACAUCUUGGUAAUUUAAAAUUUACUGAUGUUGAUGGUGAACAUUGUUCAAUAACACGAUCAAAUGAUAAAAAUGAUCAAUUAAAAUGGAUAUCAAAAUUAUUAUCAUGUGAAGAAUCUGAAAUAUCAUCAGCAUUAACUUCACGUGUUGUUGCUGCACGUAAUGAAGUUAUACAAGCUCGACAAAAUAUAACACGAGCUUAUUAUGGACGAGAUGCAUUAAGUAAAGCAUUGUAUGAACGUUUAUUUGAAUGGUUAAUUAAAUAUAUUAAUAAAACUUUAUCAAGAGAAAAUAAUGAACAAUCUAAUUAUAUACAACGUGCUAUACAAAGUUCACUUGUUAUUGGUGUAUUGGAUAUAUAUGGUUUUGAAAUAUUUGAUAAUAAUAGUUUCGAACAAUUAUGUAUUAAUUAUUGUAAUGAAAAAUUACAACAAUUAUUUAUUGAACUUGUACUUAAACAAGAACAAGAAGAAUAUAAACGAGAAAAUAUAACUUGGCAACAUAUUGAUUAUUUUAAUAAUAAAAUUAUUUGUGAUCUUAUUGAACAAUCACGUACAGGUAUUCUAGCAUAUCUUGAUGAUGCUUGUCAAGCAGUAGGAACAAUUACAGAUGAAAUGUUUCUUGAUUCAAUAAAUAAAGCUCUUAAAAAUCAUAAACAUUAUUCAAGUUGGGCACUGACUCCUGGAGAUAAAAUAUGGAAAAAUGUUAAUAAUAAUAAACUUUUUCUUAUUCGUCAUUAUGCAGGAGAUGUCAUUUAUUCAGUCGAUGGUUUUUUAGAUAAAAAUCGUGAUACAUUAUUUGAUGAUUUUAAACGUUUAUUAUUUCAUAGUAAAAAUCCUAUAUUAUCUUCAAUGUGGCCAGAAGGUGAAAAAAGUAUUACAUCAGUAACACGACGACCAUUAACAGCAGGCACUAUUUUUCGUAAUUCAAUGAUUAGUCUUUCUAAUCUUCUUUCAUCUAAACAACCAUUUUAUGUUCGUUGUAUUAAACCAAAUGAUGAAAAAUCUCCGAAUCUAUUUGAUCAAACACGUGUUGAACAUCAAAUUGCUUAUUUAGGUUUACUUGAGAAUGUUCGUGUUCGUCGAGCAGGUUUCUGUCAUCGAACACCAUAUGAACGAUUUGUUCAAAGAUAUAAAAUAAUUGAUUCAGUUCGAUCAAAAUUAUAUCCUCGUGGAUCACCAACUAAAGACAAUGCUGAUUAUAUUUGUCGUGCACUUAAUCUUGAUAAUGAUGUUGCAUAUGGUAAUACAAAAUUAUUUAUUAAACAUCCAGUUUCAUUAUUUCAAUUGGAACAAAAACGAACCGAAGGUUUACAAUUUAUUGUUACUAUUCUUCAAAAAUAUACACGUUCAUGGCGACAAUAUCGUGCAUUUUGUCGUGAAAUUUCAACUAUUAAAAUACAACAUGCCUAUCGAAAAUAUCGUAUUCGAAGUUAUAUUAAUAAACUUAAUGAAUUAUUUCGUAAUGUUUCGAAUUCAAAAGAUUUGGGUAAAAAUAUCAAAUGGCCAGCACCUAAACCAGGUCUUAUUCCUAUGAAUAAUAUAUUAAAAAAAAUUUUUCAACGAUGGCGUGCUUAUAAAGUUAUACAACGAAUACCAGCUGAACAACGAGCAAUAUUUGAAUUAAAAUUACUUGCUGCAGAUUAUCUUCAACAACGACCAUCAUUUCAUGAAAUAAGUAUUCGUCAAGAAUGGAAAGGAGAUUAUCUACUUCUACCUGAAGAAAAUUCUCAUUCACUUGAAUAUCGAAAAUCAAUAAGUGAAUUACGUGGAAAAGAUAAUUUUAAUCAUGUACUCUUUUCUACACAUGCAAUUAAGUUAAAUACUCAUAUUAAAACGGAUGAACGUGCUAUUAUUCUAACAGAUAGAUAUCUUUAUAAACUUGAUCCAAAAAAACAUUUUCAUAUUAGAAAAACUGGUAUUCCAAUAGAUGAUAUUAUUGGUUUAAGUGUUACAUCAGGAAAAGAACAAUUAAUUGUUGUUCACCUAAUAUCAAAUCAUGAUCUCAUUUUUUAUAUGCAUACAAAAAAUGAUCGUGUAGGUGAAUUUGUUGGUCAUGUAGCUAAACUCAAACGAAGAUCAUCAAAUUUUUCCAUUGAUGUACAACGUUAUGUUUCAGCACAAAUAGAUAAACAUAAAUAUGUUAUUAAUGUAACAUGGGGUGGUGUUGAUAAAAUUGAAUUUCGCAAAGGUUCAAAUAAGAAUAUUUCAUUAAUGUUACCGAACAGUGAAUGA